AUGGCUACGCGACUAGACCGCCUGCUCAACUUGCUGGAGACUGGCUCUACGCCCGCCAUCAGGCAGACUGCCGCUUCGCAAAUCGGCGAGAUCCAGAAAAUUCAUCCAUACGAUCUCCAAAAUUUGCUCAGGAGGAGAAUCGCAACAGAGCUGGUAGCGGAAGUGAAAAAGGAAGAGCCCACCGCACCCACCACACUUAUGAGCUUUGACACGUUCAACGUGACCCGAGUACUCGAUAACGGCAAGAAGUUGCUUGCAUCUGGAGGCGAGGAGUUUGAUAUCAACCUCGACGAGAUGCCGCUAGCCGAGAGGCUGGCUUUCCAGCGAGCUCAGCUGAAGCAGAACUUGGGCAUGGUGGGCCAGUUCGGUGGUGACGAUGACGAUCUGAUAUCCGAUGAGGACCUCGUCAUGCACACCAAACUCGAGCAGGCCAAGAAAGAGGAGGAAGUCAAGCGCGAGGCCGAGGUCGAGAAUACCGAGGGCAUGUCUGCGCGCCAACGCAAUGCUGCCAAGAGGCGCGCCAAGAAGAUGGCCAAGGACACCACCACCAAGCGAGGCAGAGGUGCCAGCGCCUCCGCCUCGGCACCAGCACCGAAGGCCGAUGAAAGCGCGCCCAAGAAGGGCCGCAACAUGAAGACAGUGGUGACCGACCAGCCGCAAUCGUCCGACAAGGUGGUCCUCGAGUCUGUGGUGGACAACGAGAAGGCGUACGAAGACACAACCGUUUGGCCCUUCCAAGACAUAACCGAGGAUCUGUGUCACGAUCUCUUCAAGUACCGUUUCCUGAGCUCCCCGACUCACGCCGACCCGCGACAGCCCCAAUUGGGAGGUGUCGGUCUGAGGGAGAUCUUCAAGACGCACGCCAAGGGUGCUGGGAAGACGGUGGGUGCGACUGCGGAGCAGCUCGAGCGUCAGAACAGGGCCUGCCUUCAGGACUACGCCCUCCGCUUGCUCUGCGUGUUCGCGCUCGAUCGAUUCGGCGAUUACAUUUCCGACCAGAUGACCGCGCCCGUCCGAGAAACUUGCGCUCAGGCCCUGGGUGCUCUGCUGAAGCACAUGAACGCGGAGGACGUGCGCCGCGUGUUGGACAUCAUCCUGAUGUUCACGCAGAGAGAGGAGUGGCAGGUGCGACAUGGAGGCAUGCUUGGUCUCAAGGACCUGGCCGAGUUGAUCCUGCCUCAGGUUCUGCCCGCCAUUAUUCGCGGCCUGCAGGAUCUGGAUGACGACGUGCGGUCAAUCUCUGCCGGCUCGCUUCUUCCCAUCGCCGAAGCCACUGCCCGGCUUCAGCCACAACUCAUGCCCGACAUCCUCACAAUUCUAUGGGACACCCUGACCGAUCUCGAUGACCUUUCGGCCUCCACCACCAGCAUCAUGAACCUGCUGGCUGAGUUCUAUUCCUUCCCCUCGGUUUUGGAGCUCUCGCUUGGCCAGGUGCUGCAAUCCUCCGCGCACCCUCUGGCGACGCUUGUGCCUCGCCUAUGGCCUUUCCUUCGACACACCAUCGCCUCCGUGCGCCUCUCGGCGUUGAAGACGUUCGAAAAACUGCUGUCCAUGGGCGCACAGACGGUCCGCCUGUGGUUGCCCCCCAUCCUGCCCGAGGCCCUCAGCAACGUUUUCCGCAACUUCAUGCUCGAGGAGAAAGCGGACAUCAUCGAGAAGUCACACACAGUGUGGAAUCUCGUCGUAGCCAUCGCGCAGGGACCGGCCGUGCGACAGGCAGCGCAUCGUUCGCUUACGACGUGGUUCUCCGCGCUCCAUGGGUCGCCCUAUCCAACUGCCGCCGGCUCAUCGUCGUCGUCUGGGCUCUCCUCCUCCACCGGUUCAGCGCCGGCCAAGGGCCGCCGAGGGCGCCCGCGGAAGCAGGACGUGGAAGCGGACGACCCGCCGGCGACCGGCGCCGGACGGGGCAAGCGAAAACGCGGCAAAGCCGCCGCGGCCGGUCCAUCGUCGCCGCAGACAGCCGCCAGCGAGGGACCAGCGACGAAGAAGCGAGGCGUGGCACAGGCAGAGCCUGACGACGCUUCGCCAUCGGAUCUGUCCUCGUCGUCCGCUGCUCUGGGCCGACCGGUCGACGACGGAGAAGCCAGCGAGGCCAGCGCCAGAAUGCGGAUUGCGGGAGCGAAAGCGCUAGGCGCCUUGGCUCGCGCAUGGCCAGCGGAGAACCUGGAUGAGCUAUACAGCGUGCUGCUCUCUCAGAUCAGUUCUCGCUCGGCGGCGCAGCAAAUGGCAGCUAGCUUGGUCCUCACCGAGUGGGGCUAUCUGGUCCAUCCCGCACUGCCGCCAUGCCAACCGUUCCCUGCGCAUAUGAGCGAGGCACUCAACUCCCGCCUGUCGAGCGAGGAGGAGUACAGCGAGAUUGAGUCCCACCGAACCAAGCUCUACGCCGAAUGCUCGGUGCUCAUCCAGAGCCUCGUCUCGGUGGGCAUACCCGUGGGCAGCGAUCUCCUGCCAAUCACCGAACAGCAGUGCGUCCACAAGGAAGUCGCCCUGCAGCUGGCCACCGAUGUUUUCGACGCUUGCUUCGGCCAAUUGGCCGCGCUCGAAGCCUCUGUCAAGACGCAGUUGCAGGCCCGACGGAAGCGCGUCUUGACUUGUCUGGCACAAUACGACGAAGAGGAAACGAGGCUCCGCGUGACGGUGGCGUCGUGCAUCGCAUCGGCGGUGGUGGCUCUCGAGGCCCUGCCAGACAAGCUCAACGCGCUCAUUCACGCGCUCAUGAACGCCGUCCAGAAGGAGACCAGUGCCGUCUUCCAGCGACGGACGGGCCAUGCCCUGGCUCACCUCCUCCGCCUGUGCUCAGUUCGCACGCCCUGCCCGAACCCGCGCAUCAUCAAGAACCUGUGUACAUACCUCUGCACGAUCAGGCCUAAGGGCCUGUGGGCCGCUGAGGACAGCGAGGAAGCGGGCCGCGAGCGGAAGGCCAAGGAGGAGACGGAGGGGAGCGACGCCGCCCGGGCGCAGGCCGCGGCCGAGGAGCAGGAGAACCUCGUCAAGAGCCGCGGCGCCACGUUCGCGCUGGUCGCCUGUGCCGAGUACUUCCAGGAGACCCUCUUCCAGGGUCUGCCCUGGCUCUGGGAGCUGAUGUGCCUGCCGCUCAAACAGGUGCACGACACCACAGAUCCGUCACAGGCAGCGUCGUUCGACGUGUUGAAGGACAACGCCGAGGUGUCGGGCUCGCUGAUGGACGCCCUCCAAGUGACGGCGACAGUUGUGCCGCACCUGCACAGCGCUCUGUACCCCAAGGUCAUCGACGAGCUGCUGCCUCUGGUCUUCUACUUUGUCACCUAUCCUCACUCGGGCGUGCGCACAUGCCUGGCCAAGUGUCUGGCCACCAUUUGCAAGACCAUCACCCACCCGGCGAUGCGGCAAGUUGUUGGUCGCCUCUUGCCCAUGCUGGCCGACGUCGAGAAUGUCGACAGUCGGCUGGGCGCCACCGAAGCCCUGCACAGUAUCAUCAGCACGAUCGGUAGUGAGAUCCUGCCCUACAUCGUGUUCCUCGUGGUCCCCAUAUUGGGUCGCAUGAGCGACUUCAACGAGAGGAUUCGCAAGGUGGUCACCUACUGCUUUGCCACCCUCAUCAAGCUCAUGCCCCUCGAGUCAGCAGUGUCGACAGUCGACAAGAAUCUCUUGGCUGACGGCGCGUCUGCCAUUCCCGACCCGCCGGACCUGCCCAAGGAGAUGGUGGAGCAGAAGCAGCGGGAGCGACGGUUCUUGGAGCAGCUGCUCGACGGGUCCAAGCUCGACAACUACGCGCUCCCGAUCAAGAUCAACGCCGAGCUGCGCAAGUACCAACAGGAGGGCGUCAACUGGCUCGGCUUCCUGAACAAGUACCAGCUCCACGGCAUCCUGUGCGACGACAUGGGCCUCGGCAAGACCCUCCAGGCCAUCUGCAUCAUCGCCAGUGACGACUUCCACCGGCGGGAGCAGUUCGAGCGGACCAGGUCGCCCGAGUUCGCACCCGUCCCGUCGCUUGUGGUGUGCCCGCCCACCCUCUCGGCCCACUGGCACCAGGAGAUACUCAAGUUCUGCGAGAAUCGACUGCGCCCGCUGCAGUACUACGGCAAGCCCCAAGACCGCAAGAGGAUGCAGGAGCAGAUGCGCGAAUACGAUGUGGUGAUCAUGUCCUACGACAUCCUGCGAAACGACAUCGACCAGCUGAAGGCCUUCACCUUCAACUACUGCGUGUUGGACGAGGGCCACAUCAUCAAGAGCGGCAAGACAAAGAUCACGCAGGCCGUGAAGCAGAUCCAGGCCAACCACCGGGUCAUCCUCUCCGGAACACCCGUUCAGAACAACGUGCUGGAGCUCUGGUCUCUCUUCGACUUCCUGAUGCCCGGAUUCUUGGGCACCGAGCGCCAGUUCCAACAGAUGUACUCCAAGCCCAUCCUCGCCAGCAAGGACCCCAAACAGGUGCUGCCGUUCUUGCUGCGGCGAGUCAAGGAAGACGUGCGCCUCUACGAGGACUUCUCCAAGACGCAGGUCAAGCAGGGCAUCGCCAGCAGCAUCGCCACGAUGGCCAGCGAGGAGGCGGCGGCGGCCAAGGCCACGGCCGAGAGCAAGGGCAAGACAACGCACAUCUUCCAAGCCUUGCAGUACCUGCGCAAGCUGUGCAGCCACCCGGCCCUCGUGCUCAACGACCAGCAUCCGGAGUACGAGGCCAUCAAGAAGGAGUACGGCCUCGAGUCACUCCGCUCCCUGGAAUCCGCCCCCAAGCUGCAAUCGCUCAAGCAACUCCUGAACGAGUGCGGCAUCGGCAUUCCCCAGGUGGAGAAGGCCGAAGACGCCACGGAGCCCAUCGUGAGCAACCACCGGGUGCUGAUCUUCGCGCAGCUAAAGUCGAUGCUGGACAUCAUCGAGACCGACCUGCUGAAGGCCCACAUGCCCAACGUGUCCUAUCUCCGCUUGGACGGCAUGGUGGCCGCCCAGCAGCGCCAGAACGUGGUGUCCAAGUUCAACGCCGACCCGACCAUCGACAUCCUCCUGCUCACCACCCACGUGGGCGGCCUCGGCCUCAACUUGACCGGCGCCGACACGGUCAUCUUCGUCGAGCACGACUGGAACCCGAUGAAGGAUCUGCAGGCCAUGGACCGGGCGCACCGAAUCGGACAGAAGAAGACCGUCAACGUCUACCGCCUCAUCACCCGCGCCACUCUCGAAGAGAAGAUCAUGGGGUUGCAAAAGUUCAAGAUGAACAUCGCCAACAGCAUCGUCAACUCGGACAACGCGAGCAUCCGCACGAUGGACACCAACCAACUGCUCGACCUCUUCAACUUCUCAGCCGAGCAGGCCGGCACGUUGCCCGGACUGGAGCAGACAUCCGGAAAGGGCGACGAGGGCGUGAAGAAGGCCGGCGGAGCGCUCAGCAAGGUGCUCGAAGGCCUCGAGGAGUUGUGGGACGAAUCGCAGUACAACGAGGAGUACAACCUCGACUCCUUCCUCGAGCGUAUGCAGUGA